CGAGCUAUGAUUGGUCACUUGGCCUUUGACCCCAGAACUGCUCGAGGUGUUGCUGUAGUAUGAUAGAGUAUUAUGGUUAGCCGGCUCGGAGAUCAUAUAUGGACAAGGCAUUUUUAAUAAUUAAGAAGAAACUUUAACACAAUUACACGUCAUUAAAAAGAUAAUAAUGGCGUACGUGAUGCAGGCUUUGAAGCUAUCGGUAGGGCCAGCUCGAUGUGCAGGAAUGGAGAGUAUUAUGAGCAGGAACUUAAAUCAUUUGUUAAGGAACACCAAUAUUACAUGCAUAGUGAAACCUUCAAGAAGCAUGGCAGGACAUAGCAAAUGGGCUAAUAUAAAACAUAUAAAAGCCAUCAAAGAUGCAGAAAAAACAAAGCUCUUCACAAAAUUUGCUCAAGACAUGAAAGUUGCUGUGAAAGAAGGUGGAGGUAAGGAUCCAAAAACAAACUCUAAACUUGCCAAAGUUAUCGAGUUUGCACGUAGCAACAACAUGCCUGCAGCUAGCAUUAAAAAUAUACUAGACUCAUAUCAGAAAUCGCAGGAUAAUGCCAAAUCUGCCAUCGUGGAAUAUAAAGGACCUGGAGGAGUUUUUCUCGUUGUUGAGCUGCUAACGGACAACGUUAAUCGUACCAAGAUAGCUAUACAAUCUUCAAUCAAGAAAUUAAACAUCCAAGAAGCCAAAGGAAGUGCUAAUCGCAUUUUUGAAGAGAAAGGCGUUGUAGUGGUAAACAGUGCAGGAAGAUCUGUAGAGGCUGCUAUGGAUAGUGCUAUUGAAGUUGGGGCUGAGGAUGUUGCAGAAGAGGAUGACAGUUUGGUGUUUACCUGCUCACCCCAAGAUUUUAUAAAAGUGAAGCCAGGCUUGGAGAACCUUGGUUAUGAAGUUAUUUAUGCUGGUGUUGACUAUUUACCAAAGGUUUAUGUCAGCAUUUCUGAUGAUGAUGAGAAGCAGUUAGGGAUCAUCUUACAGAGGUUAGAAGCCAUAAAUGAAGUAAUGAAAGUCCAUGAUAAUUUAUCAUAAUGAGCUUAAAUUUGUAAUACUGCUAUAAUUACUGUAUAAUAAAGAGUACUUAUGAGAG